CUGCUUUCCCCCAGUCUGCUUCGGAUUGUUGUCUCCCGCACCCCACGUUCUCAGCCAGCGGGACCUCGGUGGUGUGGACUGGGGGAGGAGCUGUUCCUUGUACCCACCGUCCCACCUGCCCCUCUAGCCCUCCCCCAGCAAUCGCGGAGAGAUGAGAACUAACGACUAGAGACCCAGAAAGGUGAGGUUUCCUCAGGCGCGGAGAUCCUCAAAACCAGUGAUCCUCAUGUUGGUGCCAGGAGAGCCUCCAAGGUGGGGAAACUGAGGCUUAAAAAAGGACGUUGGCCAAGGUCACCAAGCAGGACCAAGCACAGAUCUGCUCUGCAGGAGACUACCGGCCUGUGACUGACACCAGCAGUUGACUGGAUCCCACACGGGGCUCUAGUCCUGGAUCCUCCAGUCCUGGAUCCUCCUCGGGGCCCCACCACUCAGCUUGCAGGGCAGGAGCCAAGGUCUGUCUCAUGUCCCCAGGGGCAGUGAGGAGGAGACAGAUGACCCAGGGCCUGCUGGUCACAUGGCUGCAGGACACUGUGUACAUGCGUUUUCAAAUCCACAUGCCGAUGAGUGUGCAUGACCACCUACGUGUGCCGGGACUGUGAGCUGGCAAGGAAGGGCAUAAGCCUGGAGGCAGGUGUGGCCAAGUGUGAAGGCCCUUGAGUUGGGAGUGGCAUGCACACAUGGAUGGGCACAGAUAUGUGUGCACAGCCAUCCCAGCAAGAACAGAGCAGCAGUGGUUCGCCAACUCCAGAGACUCACUCUGUCCUCCCAAGAGGUGCAGAGUUGCUGCCCUGCCCAAGACCAGGGCUCCUGGAGGCCUCUCUUCUCAACACGCACGCCCUGGCUGGAUCUGCUCUCUGACACCGGCUACCUCUUGCCACCCACGUUCAGCACCAGGGAGAGCGCCCAGUACGGCUUUGGCAGGCCUUGAGCUGAAAGGAAGUGGUGUAGGACCCGGGAGAGCCUGCCAAGACAGCCUGAACCAGGGACCAGAGGAAGCCAAACUUGAGGAAGGGUGCACCAAGACCACCCUCCUCCUCAGCGCCCCUGCUGCUGGAAGCCGGGCAGGCCUGGGACUGUCCCCCCAGAAUCUGAUGCUCCCUGGACAGUACAGGGCAUCCUCAACUUGCCCCACACUGCUGAGUCCCCAGAAAAUUGUUGACCACGUCUGGGUAACUCAGGGACAGGACUCCUGGCCUGUGUGGAUAGAGCGGUUUUCCUCUGAGGCUAAGUGCAGGAUGAGCCCAGGCAUGGGAGGCAAUGGGGCUCAAAACAACUGGGGAAGUCAUAAGGGCCCUGAGUCCAUUCCUUCCCAUCGUACAAACAAGCAGAACACAUGGGACCCUCUGGGCCUCCCGUGACGCCUCAGGUGAGGACCCAGGCGGGUGCUGUCGCCGCCAUUGGGCUGUUGUAUACAGUGUCCAGGUCUCCUGGGACUGCGCAAGGAUUAAAGCUUGAUGGACAAAAGGCUGCUCGACACAGUGGCGCAGGCCUGUAAUCCCAGCACUCAGGAGGCAGAGGCAGGCAGAUCUCUGUGAG